AUUCAGGCGACUUUCCCACGAACGGUGCAACGCAUCUCCAAAGGGCUAUAUGCCACGCGAACAAAUUCAUCUCUCAGUUAUCCGCGGAUGAGUAAACUUCGCCUCACCACAUCCAUUUUCUUCGGAACCCGCCUCUCGCCGGGUCUAUGAGAGAUGCAUACAGACCUCUCUCCAACUACAAACGAUCUCUCACCUCCCCUGCUAACACACCCGGAUGAAUCCCUCUCUCCCACCUUUGAAUCAAUCCACCCGCCAUGGAGCCGACCUCGCUCAAGUCUCUUCCGCUCUUCCAGCAGAAGGAGCUCCUCACUCUUCGCGGCCCCACCAAACUCCCUGCGCGAUAGAGCUAUAAACAACAUAAAUCAUUCCUACCAGCGUGUCUCUUCCACUUUCCAGAGGAUGACUCUUCUGCAGAAAGUCGGCUCCGUGUUGGCAGCUGUUGUGGUCAUUGCAUUGGGGCUGGGAUUUAUGAUUCUGACAGGUCAUAUAUUUAAAUGGCUGGAGCCUGUUGCCGAGGAUUGGGAGAACUCCAAGCUUGCAUAUUUCGUCCUGAUGUUAUGCACGUUUACCGUUUCUUUUCCUCCCCUUCUUGGAUGGUCGACCAUCGGAACUAUAGCCGGGUUUAUAUUUGGUGUUUGGAAAGGAUGGCUCAUAUACGGUAUUGGAACUGUCCUUGGCUCGACUUGUUCCUUCAUUGUCUCUCGAACGCUCCUCUCGUCCUUCGUCCAUCGAUUAAUGGAACAUGAUAAACGCUUUGCUGCCCUCGCACUGACUCUAAAAUACGAUGGCUUAAAAUUACUUUGUAUGAUCAGACUUUGCCCAUUGCCAUAUUCAAUAUGUAAUGGGGCCAUAUCGACUUUCCCCACAGUGCAUCCCCUCAUGUACGGCCUUGCUACUACUAUCAUAUCUCCAAAACUGUUGGUCCCGACCUUCAUCGGCAGCAGACUGCGCAUUCUAGCGCAAAACGGCGAGACGAUGAGCGCUGGCUCGAAAGCCAUCAACAUUAUCAGCAUCUUGGUCAGCAUGGUUGUAGGUAUCUUUACUGGGUGGUAUAUAUAUAGAAAUACCCUCGCGCGCUCCAAGGAGCUCGAAGCCGAAGAGCGCGCUAACAAUAAUACCCGACGACUCGUGGCCAAUGAUGCGCACCAGCCCCAAUCGCCAGGUAUCUUCUCAGAUGAUUCGGAAGAAACCGCGGCUGCCCAGGCGCUUGACGAGGAAUCUCGCAUUGGCUUCCGACGCGAUGGUGUUGCGCACGGUUAUGAUCUGGACGCGGACAUUGAUGAUGACCACGUUGCCAUUGAUCCGAUCGGAUAUCAUGAUGAUUUUACGGAUAAUGAUUCUGAUGUUUUUGAUGAUGGGGAUGGGGAUGGGACGGCUGAUGCUACUGAGACGUUUAGUUUGCAUCGACAUAUAGAGUCCAAAUAGAUUCUGUUUUCAAUCAGGUUCGUGUUGCGGACUGCCUCUGUUACCUUUUUUCUUCUUUUUUCUUUUCGUUUUCUUUUUCUUUUUGUGGAUCAAAUUUGGCUUUUGCUUUUAAAUUAUCCUUUAUCAUUGCCCGUUUUCCUUUAAAAGGUUCAUUGUGCUGCUCUGCUCUGCGUUUUAUGGUUUUUGGUCGCAAGGCUUGGCCUUUGGUAUAUAUCAUAUCAUAUCUUGUUAAGACAUGUUUUGUAUGAUCAUGAAUUAGCUCAUUUACAUGUUGUAUUUUUAGAUAUACACACUUUUCUUAGUGAAAGAAUAGAAGAUCAAAAAAUACCUUCCGUUUCAUC